AUGGCACGCAUCAACCUCAACUCCCCAGAUUCCAAGUUGCGUCGAGCAUGGGCGCAACGCACGACGCCGCGGCUUGCGUUAGCUUUCAUCGUCGCCGUGAUCAUCAUUCUCGUCUUCGGCACACAUGUCGACAAGCUCCAUCGCCCUUCCGCCGAGCAGCUGGACUCAUCCAACGCCCGCCGCUUUGCACCAAGGUCAUCUAGCCGCGAGGUCUUGGUAGAGCCACGCCAUGAUAAGGACGAAAAGGCCAAGGUCGAAACUCUUCGCUUGUCGCUAGAGAACAGAGACGUAGACAGAUUGAUCAUUAUAGGCGACGUGCACGGGAUGUUCACCGCGUUAAAAGAGCUCCUAGAGAAAGUAGGCUACGACAAGGACAACAAAAACAACAAAAACCAUGUCAUCCUCGCCGGUGACAUGAUCACAGCGGGUCCUGAAAACCGGCAGGUCCUCGACCUCGCCAGAGAGAACGACUUCUCGGCCAUCAUGGGAAACCACGAGUACCAGCUGCUGGUCGCAUUUGAUAAUUACAAGGGAGACUCGGACUCGGCAGGGGAAUCCGACCUGAAGUCAUACACCACGGCAUACAGUGAAGCAUUUCUCGACAAUCCGGACCCGAGUAAGCUGAAGAAAGGGAUCAAAUCGGACUUGAAGGUGGCCGAGACGCUCGGCGACAUCAACCUGAAAUGGAUAAGGGGGCUGCCACACAUCCUGCGGCUGCCGCAGAGCAAUUUUGUGGUCGCGCACGCGGGCCUCAUGCCCGGAGUGGAGCUCGAAGACCAGUUGAUGCUCACCGUUCUCAACGUAGAGAAGCUGGUUAAAGAGGGCAAGACCUUCACGCCCUCGACCACAGGCGAGGGCGAAAACUGGUUCAAGGUCUGGAACAAAGAGGAGGGGGGCAAGGAUCCGAAGGACCGGACAACCGUGAUAUAUGGCCACGACCAGUCGGAGGGACUCCAGUGGCAUCCGGAACAGAACUCGCUGGGAAUAGACACUGGAUGUAAGAAGGGCAAGGAGCUUACGGCGGUCAUACUCGAGCGCAAUGAGAAGCCACGGUAUGAGAGUGUGGGAUGUGAGAAGAUUGAGAAGUCAAAAGGUCGCCGUGCGCACCUACCUCGUCGGAGUACAUUCUAG